AUGAAAAGAUUACUUAAUGCAAUUAUUUUCUUGGUUUUAUUUGGAAUUUCUGCUUCAGGUGUGAACUCUCAAGAAUUGAUUCUAACUACUGAACCAGCAAUUCUAACAGAACAAAACAUGGAUAUAAAUUCUUCGUUUGUUUCUCCACCAGUAAAUUCAACAGAACCAAUGAAGAAUAAUACUUCUUCAUCAGAUUCAAGUGAUUCAGAUGAUGAAGGAAACCCAAUUCAAAAGUUAUUAAAGAAGUUUAAGAAUAGUAGAAAACUUGAACUUGCAGAGAAAGAAUUAAGUCAGUACAAUGAAAGAGAAGAGAUUGAUAUUGCCCAAAAAGAGUUUUCUGGCGCAUCAAAGAACUCUAGUGCUACCACAACCACUGUUAAAGGAAAGAAAGGACAAUACAAUAAUGGUUAUAAUCAUAACCAUCAUCAUCAUCAUCAUCAUCAUCACCACCACCAUGGAGGAUAUAAACCACAAAAAAGUACCACUACUACUUCUACUACUACUACUUCUACAACUAGCACUACUACCACUACUACUACCACUACUACCACUACAACUACCACAACCACUACUACUACCACUACUACCACAACAACUACCACAACCACUAGUACCACUACUACUACUACUACCACUACCACUACCACUACCACUACCACCACCACUACUACUACUACUACCACUACCACCACCACUACUACUACUACUACCACUACUACUACCACAACUACCACUACCACAACUACCACUACCACAACUACAACUACAACUACAACUACAACUACAACAACUGACGUAGCAGAAUCUCUAAAUUCAAAAGUCAAUUCUUUGAGACGUUUAAGAGGGCUUUCUGAGAAUUUGCAAGAUCUAGAAGAAGAGAACUCUCAGGAAGAAGAAAGUAGAUUGAGUAAAUUGGCAAAUAUGACUAAGGAGAUUAAGUCAAGUUUGGUGGACUCAUUCAACAAUACAAUGAGUAUUGAUAUUUUGAAUAGCACAAAAAGCAUUGUAAAUCAGACAUUAAGUUCAAUUGAACAGAUUAAGAAUGUAACAGCUUCAAAUUUGCCAUUAAACUCGACAAUUUUGGGCCAAAUCAAGGAAACAAAAAAUUCUGCAGUAAAUCAGACAGCAAUGGCUAUUGAGAACAAUAUGAACAACCUAACAAACAUUGAUUUGGAUUCCAAAGUUGCAAUUUUGAUGAACCCUAUCAAUGAAACCUUAACUAUUCUUCAAGAAACAACCAAUUUGACAGGGAUUGCUGGUAAUUUAACAGGAUUAACCAAUUUAACAAGUAACUUGAAAGGAACAAAUAUCACCAAUAUCAUUGAAGACUCUAUCUUGAAAAACAAUAUGAAUUUAACUCAACAGUUUCCGUUUAAUGGAUCUUUACUUUUGAACGGUAAAGUAACAAACAUAACAACUUUUGAUAUUCUUCCAGUUGGUGAAAAUAAUCCAGAAAUUGACCUUAACAAUACCAAUUUAGGAACAUGUCCAAAUGGGGUUUGUGAAAGCGAUCAAGAAAAUGAUGAAGAAUUGUCACUUGAGGAUAGAAGCGUUUUAGACCAAUACAAACAGAGUGUAGUUGAUUCUGAUGUUCAGAAAACUGGAUCAGCUUCUUCCGUUUUUCCAUCUAUCUAUAACUUUGCGUUCAUAUUUACAAUAAUAUUCUCAACAAUUUAUUUGUUACACUAG